GAACUUUGAGCUGAGGGAAGUUCUCCGGAUCGGUGAUCGCGGUCUGGGCCGGGCUGAUCUCCUGCUCGAUGGAGCACUGCUUCAUGGAAUCGCCCCAGUCGCCGAAGCUCGCAUCGGCGAAGGCCACCACGAACUCGAUGCCGCGGUCGUUGCACUCGAGGAUGGGGCGGUCGAGGCCGGCGAUCCUGGGCCUCCCCGCGAGCGGAUAGUACGGGACGAGGAUCCGGGAGAGCGAAUCCUUCAAGCUCGCCACCAGCGAAUCGAAAGAGCUUACGUGAUCCAAUGCAGCUGGGUAGUAGUAGACUUGCUUGAGAUAGUUCUCGGCCAGGACCUGGAUUUGGAAGUUGCAAAGCCAGAGAGUGCAGGGCUGCGGCGUUGGGACCGCUGGAACGAUCGUGGACACGGACUCUACGCUCACAACCAUCUUUGCAACCAACGAUGAAAUCCACAAAAACCACAAAAACACUCGAGAGGGAGAAAGAACACCAAAAAGACUUUCGAAAUACACUGACAAACUUAGAUCAUCCCACACGAGACGUUUCUUCCCGAAGAUCCCACGAGAAGAACGUGCUUAUCGCACAUUGUCCUAGAUUGACAGAAAAAUAUCAUUCAUUUUAUAGGGCUGUGUGUUGCGAUCCUUGUUGGGUCGCCUCGUGCGCCGACCGUCAGGAGCAGCAGCACUCUCCGCGAGGAGGAUCCCAGCUCCAGGAAGCGACAGGAGAUGGAGAUUGUGACGCCCUCGAUUCCCUACGCCUCCUCCAGCGCUCCAAACUCACGUCAAGCCGGCUAGAUUCUGGAGGCCGCAGAGGACAGCAGAGUAUCACAGGCUCGGUUCUAGGAGCACUGUGUGCGGCCGGAGCUUUCAAAGGCGUCACGGCUUCGUAUUAUCAUCUUUCCAUUCAUUCUCUCGUACACAAUGCUCCAUUUGGUCUCACUGAUCAUGUGAACCAAGCACUCUUAACCACGGUCCUGGGACUUGGCUAUCUUUUUGUUGCGGCCAGAAGCCUCGCGAAGCUCUUGACUCAAUCGCCAUCAGAAGUUUCCAAGAGGCUUUGCAUGAAAGUUUUCACUUGCAUGUUUUCUAGCGGGAUUUGUUUUGUCACGACCAUAGAACACGUCUUGCGCUGCCGAGGCAACCUGGUCUUUGCUCGUUCCUGCGCCUUUACGAGUAUUGGUAACAUUCAUUUCCUCGACUUGGUUGAUUGAAGAGGAUUCUUCUUCUUCGUUACCUUCUUCUAAGGAGGGAACAUCCUUCAAGCAGUAAGACGCUUUGGGGAACAUUUGUCACUUGGGACGAUCACCACCGGUGACAGAAGCAUUUCUCGAGUGAAUCACGUCAUUCUUUUC